AAAUUAUAUUCGUAUAUUCACGAGUUUCCAAUAUUCGCCGGUGUUAAAAUCGUCGAUUCAUCGUCGUCGACGGCGAGUACUUGCGACCUUGCGUCCUCCACGCCCCGAUCGAUCUUCUAUAAUUGAUUCUAUCGAUCAACCAAUUGCGAUCUCGUCGAUCAAAUAGACAAAUGAAGCAUAUAGUAAAGAUCUUGAGCCUGCUGGUGGCAAUCUCUGCCUUCUGGAUUGGUCUUUUGCAGGCUGCAAUUAUUCCUCGAAGCCAUACAUGGUUGCUACCGAUCUACUUUGUAGUAUCCCUUGGAUGCUAUGGUCUAUUAAUGGUUGGAAUCGGACUAAUGCAAUUUCCUACCUGUCCCCAAGAAGCAGUUCUGUUGCAAAAGGAUAUUGCAGAGGCCAAGGACUUCUUCAAGCACAAAGGGGUAGAUGUUGGAUCGAAUUGACACAAAUGCUUUUAAUGACCAACAAUCAGAAAUAGUUUUUGUUUUUGACAAACCUUAAAUGUACUGUUUGGAUGUUUUAUAUUAAACAGUGUUUCUGAAGUAAAA